AUGGAGAAACUAGUCAACAAAAACCUCAUAACGCUCAAAUGCGUAUUAUUUUGUUUUCUCUCAGGUGUAGGAUGUAUAUUCCCAUUUCUGCCGGUGCAUAUUCUAUCUGUGGGGUUGGACCGUGGUGAAGCACGACUCAUAUCAGCAGUUGCGCCAUGUGUUGCUAUCCUCGGUCCAGCUGUGCUCGGAUGCCUCAUUGACAAAUUAUCAGUGGGGCGAGGAUCUACUGGAGGCGCUCCAGGGCCAAGUGGAUCCGGGAAGCUUCUCCGAGUAGUCACCGCCAUCUGCCUUAUCUUGAGCGCCUUAUUCUACACGUUGCUAUUGGCUGUACCGUACACCGAACGACAUGAGGCGCGACGGCCACAAGUUUUGUUUAUGUGCGAUGCUGAAAACACGUACGUUAUGCAAGAAAUCUGCAAAGAAGACAUGCGCUGUAACAGCUGGUCGGGAGUCAAGACUGGCGUAUUGGCAGUAUCUUCAUGCGAGUAUGGAUGCGCGGACGAUAAUAUGACGUGGAUAAAGAAACCCUUUCCAACCACCACGACCACUACAACACUGAGUCCCAUGUACUAUACUGCCAGUAAUUAUACGCCGAUGUUUAACUUUACGUACGACGACGACGAAGAAGAAUAUGAAGCGUAUCCACCUCAUCUAUGUUAUCAAGGCCAAUGUCUGGUGUAUAUGGCGCAUUCCCGUCGUAUGCGAGUGCCGAUGUCUCUAGAGUCUCCUAUACCACCAGAAGAUAACACAACUGAAACGGACGCGUGGUGUACUUACCGCGCUAGCAGCCCCUCGUGUUUAGUGCCAGCUGCGAAAUUACCCGAGUUCAGCGUAAUGCAAAGUGAGUGCAAACCAGCUGUGCGCUGUCAAGUGUUGGACCCAUACGACGAGCCGGACGGUGUCCUCGCCGACGCCGAGUGUCGGCUCACUAUCGGCGACCCCUCGGCAACCUUCACCACCUAUUUGAUACUGAGAAUGUUGGCUGACAUCUGGCCCACGGCUGCACUGGCAUUGCUCGGAGCUGCUUGCGUGAUAGCGACCAGAGAGACUUCGUUGGGACGUGGCGAUGUCGGUAGACAGUUGGCCUUCGGUACUCUAGGCCUAGCUAUCUUCCCUCCUCUGGCAGGAUUAGCCGCGGAAUCCAUGGAAUCUCCUUUCGUUGUGCCAUUCGCUUUGCACGCCGUUUUUAUGCUGAUUGGUGCUCUGAUUUUAUUAUUUGAUAGCCACAUGCCGCUGUCGACGCCCGAGUGGUGGUGGCAUACAGCGACUGGCGUACUGGCGAUGCCUAUGAACACCGUGCGGAGGUACGGCGCCGAGACAGCCGCCGUGUUCGCUGUCGUGGCACUACUCGGCGUACUGUGCAGCGGUAUCGACGCCUACCUGCCUUGGACGGUGAUGGAAAUGAACGGCACGUUGUUGCACGUCGGUCUGACGAUGACGGCGGGCGCCCUGCCGGCGGUGCCAGCGCUCUGGUGGGCGGAAGCGCUCGUCGACUACAUAGGACACUCCAACGUGUUCAUAUCCGCAUUCACCUUCUACUGCUUGCGUUACACCGGUUUGGCUUACACCACGGAUUACACCUGGAUAAUAGUGUGUGAAAUUCUGGAGGUGUUCACAAUGAGUCUUGUAUGGGUAACCGCCGUGUUGUAUUUUAGACAUCUGGUUCCUCGCAAGUACACUACUAUGGGACAAGCUUUACCUGUUAUAGCACAUUUCUGUAUUGGUCGUUGCAUCGGUGCGAUAGUGAGCGGCAUGGUGUCGUUGUCGCAGCCGCUAGAGUCCGCGCGCGAGGUGUACCGCGCGCUAGGCGUGGCCUCGCUGGCCGCCGCCGCGGUGUACCUCGCGCUCUACCACCUGCUACUGGCGCCGCGCUGUGCCGCGAGACCGGCGCCUCCCCCACAACAUCUACUACAAGCUUGCACAGUGGAUGGCCAGCUUAAUGGCAAAGGACUGAACGCUAACGGUGGUUCAAAUGGAACAUAUUCUCCGAUGCGGGUAUACCAUGAAGAACGUUCUAGAAAAGGGCAUUUCCGCUAUUAA